AUGUCGCAAGUCAUAAAAAAUACUGUGAAUGAAAGUAAUUAUGAUGAGACUAAUCGACUAAAUGAAGAGGAAAGUUUUCUUUCUAAACUUGAAUUAUUUGGGCGCGAUCGAGGGAUCAGCAUUGAUGCAAUUCCAAAAGUAACGCGCAAGCAAAUAUCCAUUUAUGAAUUAUAUAAAAAAGUAAAAAAGCGAGGUGGUUAUGAUGCUGUAAAUAAUAUGGAAAAUGGAUGGUCCGACCUCGCCGGGGAAUUUCGACAAUUAGAUCCCACUAGGGCUCCUAAAAGUCUAGAGAAUUUAUACUUUAAAGACUUGAUCGCCUGGGAAAUGUUUGAUAUGUGGCAUUUACAAUGUCCUCCUCCUCAUCUUUUGGAGCAAAAUUUGAAUAGAGACAAUAUUUUGCAACGAGUUAAAACAUUCAACACUUCGCCUUCUUUUACAUCGACCGAUACUUUGGAAGUUACAGACACCAAAAAUUUGAAUUCGCUGCAGAAUUUUUAUAAAAGCGUCCGUCCACCGUCUCCUCUUACGCUUGAACGACGUGCCGAAGAAGCACUCAACUCAAGUUAUCGACCUCUACCCAAUGCAGCUAAUUUUUCCAAUACUACUUUUCCGAUUAUCCCUAUUCAUCCUUUGCCAGCAAAUUCGCCCUUACAGCAACAAGUUGAUCGAGCUUCAGGAUCAACAAUUUCAACUGAGGAAUCAUUAGGUCGAGGGCUACCUGGACCUCCUCUAUUGAUUCGCAUGGCUUUAGCUCUGAAAUCUCGACAAGAAGACGAAGUAGAUUGGGCGGUAUGUCAUUUAGUUAAAAUAUCAUUUGAAAGACAUCAGGAGUUUAAACUGGAGAGAUUACCAUUUUUGGCUGAGUGCUUGGUGGAGGCAUUGGGUUUUCAAAUUUCACUCUUGAAAAAAGUCUCCAACGAUUCAGAUAUCACUCAAUACCUUGACAGAGCAAUUAGUAUUACUUUAGUUUUGCGAAAUUCUGUUUUAUCUGUGGAAAAUGCAAAGCUAAUUGCAAGAACUGAAUUGAUAGUCAGUGUUUUAGAGUCUGCAAUCCGAUGUGCCAAUACCUUUGAGAAUGUGGAACUUCUCCAUUAUUGUCUAGAUAUUACAGAAACAAUUAGUUCUCACUUAAGUAUCGAAGAUGAAAAAAUUGGGUUAUAUUUACUACUGUGCAGCUUUCUUAAUUCAUCGGACAAUGCUGUACUCAUUGGCACUUUGCGAACUCUCGCUCGACUUGCUUUGAAUGACCGAAAUAAUAGACUUCUUCAAGAUUUGGAUGAAAAGGUAGUUAUCAGAAUUAUUUCUUUGACUGAAACGAAUAACGAGGAGCUUGUUGCAGCCACACUUGACUUCCUAUAUCAGUAUACAACGUAUCGAACAAACACAUCUGGAUUACUAUCGAAUUCUGCAGUUUGGAUUCUCGUAAACCAAUUAACUAGAUUAAUGAUGUAUCAAGCUCAGGAACGAUUUGUAACGAUCGCAGUUGCAAACAGCGGAAAAACAGAUGUGAAACCCACCAAACCCUUACAAAAAGCACCUUUUUUGCCUCUGCCGUAUUCUGAGCUUCAGCAACUUACUUUGCUCCGAGAACCUGAGCGUUCAGUGAAAUGGAUGAGGUGUUGCUUUGAAGCUAGUCCAGAUGAUUAUGUAUUACAAACUGAUAUCUGGCAGAUGUACUGCUCUGAUAUGGAAAGGGCUCAGGGACCUGGUCUGAUGGCUAUCAGUCCUGCUGAUUUUAUAAAGGUAUCUAGUCAUGCGUUUUAUAAUGCCAGGGCUAUGACAGUUUCAACUCCAUUGCUGCCAGUUGAGUACGUUAUCAAUGGAAUUAAGCGAAGAGAACUUCCAAUUUCUACAAUAGGCGAAAAAUUUCAAGUUUGCAGAUGGAAAAAAAAUGAUGGUACUUUAUGUGGAGAAACCGUCUUGGGAACCAAAUCAACAUGGGCACAUAUUCAGGAAUCACAUAUUUUUCCUCAGGUACUAGAGGAAAUGCAAUGUCGAUGGGGAGAUUGUACUUAUCAAGUACAAUCUGGUUUGUCGGGUGGAUUACCGGAAACGUCUCAUCAGCGUCUAUUAAAGCAUAUUUUGACCCAUUUGUACGAUAAUAAUAUCCAAAAUACAAAUUCUGACGGUCGCAAGUUAUGCCCUUCAAGAGAAUUUCGUGUUCCUUUGCUUUUAACUGCUGUGGAUGAACGCGGUGACGCGACUGGUAUCGCAUUGACGGCGACUCUUGUUCUGCGAAAUCUUGUUCGGUCAAAGCAAGGAAAAAUGCUGUUUUCAGCAAUUGAGGGGCAUGUUCUUGAAGUUAGCACGAUGAAUCCUGCGGUUGCACCGUACGUGAGCGAAAUGCUUCUUGGUCAAAUUUAA